UUAUGCAUCUGCAACUUGACUUUCGAGUUUUCGGUGGGUUUUCGAGUUCAUGAAGUUAUCUGGAUGUGACUGCAAGAAGGAAACCUAUGUACUCAUUGAAAGCAAAAGGAGGUACGAAUCUCUAAUUCAUAUCGUUUGUCAGUCAAAUUUCCACCAAUCAUCAGAAGAAACCAAGGCUGUGGUAAUUGUCAGUGGAACCAUUUCUAUUUUGGCUCAAGGGACAAACGUUGUCUAUUACAUUUGACUGCUUAGGUCCAGAGGCGAGUUUUGUAAACGAUCGUACUUCUGAGUUAAGGCUCGGAUGUUAGCCAGAAUGAGCAUCCGCUCAACACUUUGGCGUGCGAAUUUACAUACAUACAUAUCGGUUAACGUCCAAGCCGCUAACUCCGAGUUAAGAGUUUUAAAAAACAGGCCUCAGGAAAAGCAAGUUUAAAUUUUCAAAGCCCUGCUUGGACCUAAAACCACGUAAUGAUUCUGCCAGAUGCAUUGAACUGGAAAGCUUCAACCAAAUCAAAUGUGCCGCUUCAUGCUGAUCGUCGUCAUUCAUUCCCUAGAAUCAUGACUCACGACUUCGUAUUGUAUUUCUGCCGAUUCAUAGCUUGAAACUUGUACACUACUUUUGCUUGAAAAUGUACCUGAGCAUCAUGUGAACCAAUCCUUUUCUGCCAACUCUUUGAAACAUCUCAAACAAUAGAGGUGCCAAGUUUUUUGUUGGUCCAGUCAUCUUCUGAGACGUUUGGCCAUUUUUUCUGUCGGUCAAUUGUCCUUUCCAUUGAAAGAAGAGACACUUGGAUGUACAUAGAAUGGCCAAUACAUCGAGGCUGUUGAAUCGUGACCGCACAGGAGCGGUUAUUGUUGUUUACCCUCUAGAUGGAUGAAUGAGCGCUCAGGUUGGCGUGAAUUCAUGGGAAAAAAAUCAGUCGCACAUCGCAAAUUGAACAGCAUCAUUCAGUCUUCGUCCCCCGAAGGAAGGAGGCACCGCGACUUUUGUUCUUCUGUUGGCCUUUCGUUGCUUUCGUCGCUCGGGGAUGCACUUCAACGUGUGGAGAGUUCGACAAAGGCUGCUUUUGCGGUCUUUCCUAUGAUCCUGAGAGAUCAGUCAGUUCCCCGGUUGCUCCUCAUUCUCACGUGUCCCCAUAUUCAUCAAGUUCAACCAAUUCGUUCGUUCCAACAAUGAGGAGAUUGUAUUUGUGUUGAGCUGUUUUUCCAAUGCAAACAGUCUAACCGGGCACCCUCAUCAUCAUAUCCUCCUCAUCAUCAUGCUAGUGCUGAAAAGUGUGGUGUUCGUCCUUGUUGGCCUUCAUCUCAAUUUUUUGAAGGCCGCACUUGUGGCUAAUCAUCCGGUUCAAGAUGACCAGCUUCACAAGCAUCUGUUGAUAUCGCCCUCCUAUAGUUCCCAUCACGCUCCGUCUUUGAUCAAAGGCCGCCCAUUGCCGGUGGAGUUUUCUAUCAACGUUCGAAAUGUAUUGGGGAUAAACGAGAAAGAACAACUCAUCUCCCUGGAGACGUCACUCCGCAUGUUUUGGAUAGACCCCCGCGUCAAAGUACGUGAUGAAUCACUCAACCUCAGUGCACCUGCCAAUGAGCAGUAUAUCACCUUCAAUCCCAAAGUGGCACACCAUUUCUGGAUCCCAGACAUCUUUCUGGACCGUGCCAAGGACAUCAGAGUUCCCACUUAUUUUACUCGCCCAGCUUCCCUUAGGAUCUAUCGAGACUCCACGUUCCGAUACUCUAGCCGCAUCAACUUUGAUGCUGCUUGUCCCAUGGACUUUCAUCGUUAUCCUGUGGACUCUCAGUUGUGCGAAAUCAAUUUCGAGUCCUUUGGGCACACCAAUAAACAGCUGACCUUCAGCUGGAAAGCCAAUGCCAGUAAUGUGAACCCAAAUAUUACCUUGGCCCAAUUUGACAUGGAAGUGGUUUUGGAGGAGACCUAUGCCACUGACUACUAUGAUCUGGCCUAUCCUGGUAUCAUCAUGAAAAUUCACCUCACUCGGGAGAUUGGUUACCAUAUCGUUCAAACCUACAUACCCAGCGUCAUCUUUGUCAUUCUGGCCUGGCUGUCCAUGUUCAUAUCUCCUGAUUCAGUACCAGGGCGCGUGGGAAUGGGAAUGACCACGCUCUUGACCGUGACCGCCAUGUUUGGCUCGGUGCGACAAAACGUGCCUCGUGUGUCCUACGUCUCUUAUCUAGAUAUUUGGAUGCUCAUGUGCAUUUUGUUCGUGUUCUUCUGUGUCCUCGAAUUCACUGUGGUCACAACCCUUCUGCGAGGAAAUCGACGUUAUACUGUGAAAACCCUCGAGUACUCCAGUCGUAUAGCAGUUCCGAUUAUUUUUGUAAUCUUCAACAUUAUCUACUGGCCAAGCUUAUUUGCCACUUACUUGUCCAUACUUUCUCAUACCUUCCAUCCCAUUUGCAAGGGUAUCACUUGUUGGAUGGAAAGAGAGGAAAGAUCCUCUGGCUGUCUACCCGCACUCCAAUCCAUCGGCGAUGGAAACCCAACCUCGCCUCAAAUGGAUGCCUCAACAUUUCAACUUGUCGACUUUGAACCCGGUUACAAUGUCCAUGAGCAUCCCCCCACCCAAACCGGCGAGGCUCUGCAGGUCGAUUUCCAAAUCAAUCUCCGUAACGUCUUACAAGUGGAUGAGGUGGCACAAAUCUGCUCCUUGGAGAUGACCAUCCGCAUGUAUUGGACCGACCUCCGGAUCAAGAAAAAGAAGGUCACCACCGAGCUGGAUUUCGUGACUUUGAACCCUCGAGCAGCUCAAUACUUUUGGAUACCGGACAUCUUCAUUGAUCAAGCCAAGGACUUGCGAGUACCUUCGUAUUACGUCCGUCCAGCCUCGAUUCGCGUGUACAACGAUUCGCGAAUCCGGUUCGCCGCUCGGGUCAAUUUUGACGUGGCUUGUGGUAUGGAAUUCCACCGUUACCCGCACGAUGUGCAGACUUGUGAGGUCAAAUUCGAGAGCUUCGGCUACACCAAUCGUCAAAUGCGCUAUGCGUGGUUAUCAGGCAAUAACAUCAACCAGAACAUUAGUUUGCCUCAAUUCGAUUUGGAGGUGAAAUUGGGUAACAACUACUCGACGGAUUACUACGACUUGGCCUACCCAGGGGUGAUCAUGAGGAUCUUGCUGAGUCGGAAAAUGUCCUUCCAUCUCAUGCAGACCUAUAUCCCGUCGUUUAUUUUCGUCACCUUGGCGUGGUUGACCAUCUUCAUUCCGCCGGAUCAGAUUCCAGGUCGCGUGACCAUGACCAUGACGACCUUGUUGACGUUGACGGCCAUGUUCGCGGCAGUGCGGUCCAACGUGCCUCGCGUGUCCUACGUCUCGUUUCUGGACAUCUGGAUGUUCGUCUGCAUUGUUUUCGUGUUCCUCGUCAUCAUCCACUUCAUCAUUGUCAUCAUGCUCUUGAGGCUGGAUCGCGUCAAAUCGGCCAAUGCCUUGGAGAAAUUGGGCGCCAUCCUCAUUCCCGUGGCCUUCUUCAGCUUUAAUCUGCUCUACUGGGCUAUCUUGUAUGGCGGAGAAUGGCUUUAGAAAACCCCUCCCCGCCUAUCCCUCAUAUUGAAACGUUUCAUGCAUUUUAGAAAGCCCCUACUGACUUUGUAAAAGAACAAGUCUUGGUGGUUGUGCAGCUCUACUCUGUCGCCACAAAUGAACGCCAC